AUGGCGACGGCGAAGUUUGUGCUGACGUCGGUGGCUCUGGUGCUGAUCGAUCUGCUACGUUCCGGUUCCGGUUUUAACGUCUCGCCACAGCCAAACUAUGUGUUCCGGGAGCCAUCCCUUACCACCUACGUGGACAAAGUUCGAAGUUCGUACUUUGGAUAUUCGCUCAAUCUGCGCCCAGCAGGUGUGGUUGUCGGUGCACCACGAGCACAGUCGGAUCUGCCGGCGCAGCGGAAGGUCAACGAAACCGGUGCCAUCUAUCGGUGUCGCUUCAGCGAUGGCCACUGUGCACCGUACUACUUCGAUCGGCUCGGCAACACGCAACAGGAGCAAUCGGACUUUGCCUACAACUCGGAGAAAAAGGACUUCCAAAUGCUGGGCGGCAGCAUGGACGGGCACGGUGCGGACGGCGAUCGGCUCGUGGUGUGUGCCCCGAAAAUGAUCAGCGAACUGACCGAGUACUACCUUCUGCACGGCCUCUGCUACGUAGUCGAUGGGACCGAAGGUGACGCACCGAAAGACAUCCGGAAGAUUGUGCCCUUGCGGGCGAAAGAAAAACAGUUACACAAGGACGCCCUUGGCCAGUACUACUACUACAUGUACGGCGAGCAGGGCAUCAGCGUGCACGUGACGGACGACGGCGAAGAGAUUCUGAUCGGAGCGCCCGGGGUGUUCAACUGGCGCGGCACCGUCGUGCGGUACCGGCGGCGUGUCACGGAUGACGCCGGAGGACUCAGUCGGCGCGAUUCGCCUCCCGGCAAUCGGCGCCCAACGAACCGCCACAAGCGCCAGAUCGUGAGCUACGUGAGCGAUGUGCCGAAUCCGUACUUUAACCGCGUCAAGGACGAUUCGUACUUUGGGUACGCCGUCAGUUCCGGCCGGUUCUUGGGGCCGGACCAGAAGCUUCUGUACGUGGCGAGUGCGCCCCAAUCGAACGACCAAGUCGGCGAGGUGUUUAUCUUCGAAAUCCUGAACGCGGACUCGGCGUUCGUCGAGACACAGCUCAGGAUGCACUUUACCUUUCCGGGCCAGCAGCAGGGCGAAUACUUCGGUUACUCGCUGCUUGCCGAAGAUUUCAACGGUGACGGGUUUCCGGAUCUAGCUAUCGGAGCACCGCUGCACAGCCGGACGGGCGAUUACGAGAGUGGCGCGGUGUACGUCCACUGGAACGAGGGUCAGUUAAACUUUCAGCUGCAAACGAAGCUAACCUCGUCGUACGAUCUCGGUGGCCGGUUCGGUACGAGUUUGGCCAAGAUCGGUGACAUCAACAUGGACGGCUACAACGACAUCGCCGUCGGAGCCCCGUUCGAAGGAAAUGGUGUGGUUUACAUCUUCCUCGGUUCCGUCGAUGGGCUGCAAUCGAAGGCGAGUCAACGGUUGACGGCACCCACCAACGAGCUGGCGUGGCCUGGGAACGCCAUGUUUGGACACGCGAUCUCGCGCGGAACCGACAUCGACCGGAACGGUUACAAUGAUCUCGCGAUCGGCUCCCCGAACGCGGAAACGGUGUACGUGUACCGCACAUAUCCGGUGGUCCGUAUCGAGGCGGAAGUAUCGUCCACCAAGCGGGAGCUGUCUCUCGAGGACACUUCGUUCGAGCUUUCCGUGUGUCUGAGUGCCAGUUUCACCGCGGGCCUCCAGUAUCCGGUGCAGCUCGGUUACAGUCUCUCCGUGGAUGCCCAACUCGGCCGGGUGACUCUCCUGGGUUCCGGCAGUAAGUACAACAACACCGUCACUCUGCGUGACGCCACCGAGCAGUGCCAGCCGGUCCGAGCAGCCCUUAAAGCGACAGCGGCCAGCAUCUACCGACCGAUCGUGAUGGAGCUGACGUACCACUUGCUGGCCGAACCUCCAACCGAAGCAGCGGCAUCUGCGUUCUGUACUCACUGUGCCCUACUGGAUCCCACACUGCCGGCCCAUGUCAUCCGGAAGAUAUCGUUCAAAACGGGCUGCCAAGGCGAAGUGUGCGUCUCGGAUCUGCGACUGUCCGCUCGCUGGCUGGACAUUGCCGGUGGUGACGCUGGAUACGUGCUGGGCAGUACGAAGAAGGCGUCGAUCGAGUUUACGGUGCACAAUGCGGGCGAGAACGCGUACUUACCGCAGCUCAAUGUAACGCUAACACCGACCAGGUUGACCCUAGCGAAGCUCACCUCCGAGUGCCGCCAAACGGUUACGUCCGACGGUGUGAACGUGUUGUGCGAUCUUAACAACGGGCUACCGCUGAAAGCAUCCUACACCUCGAAGUACACGUUGAUCCUCGAUAUGACGAAGCUGGAAGCUGCUACGGCGGCUGAGAUCCGAGCGGAAGCACUCAGCUCAAGCGAAGAGUCGGUCCCCGGAGACAAUUUCCAUGAAACGGUUCUACCGCUCAAAGAAUUCAGUGACAUCGAAAUCGUCGGAAAAUCCUCCGUCCCGGAGGUGCAUCUCGAGAAGCAGCGCGGAAUGGUCGCGGUGGAGUACGAGCUGCAGCUGCACAAUAACGGUCCGAGCGUGUUCCGAAACCUGGCGUUCACGCUCGACGUGCCACUCGUGUACCACAAGCCCAGCUCGGGGCAAACGUUUAAGAUCAUCAACUUCAACGAUAUCGUAGUGACCGGUUACUAUAGCUACAAGACGCUCGAUUACACCUGGACCCAGAACGAUACCGUGUUGCUGCCCAAUCCGAUCGUGCACAGCACGAUCGAACCAUCCCCGGUAGUCAACGUGGAGGAUCUGCACCGUCAACCGAGUGAUUUCGUGCUCAUGUCGGGUGCCGGCGGCGGAUUGUAUGGCGGGUGGACAGGAGAGAACAGUUCACCACACGAGCAGGACACGAUAUCGUUCCACCGCAGGCGCCGUCGCGAUGUGUCGGAUUCUACGCACACCUCUUCCAAUUUCAACCGCUACACGAAUCAACUCUCCCGGCAAUCGGUUCACCCCGCGAGCCGUCUGUCGAGCGUGAUCGAUGCUUCUACGCUGGGGCUGCCGGGCAAUAGGACGCUCCUGUUCAGCUGCAUCGAGGAUGAAGACUCAGUCGCCGAGUGCGCACGGCUUAACAUCGCCGUCGAUCUCUUCCGCCCCACCAACGUGCCGAUCGUGAUCACGCUCGCCUUUCAAAUCGAUCUGGACGCGAUCGAUGAGGCGUUUCUCGAGCGAGAGGACAUCUUUGCCCUCCUGAUGCUGGGCGACAUUCAACGGGACGAGCCAGACGGAGCGGCCCGGUUCCAGCUGUCACGCUCCAACCCGUUCACGGUCGUGUACCGCUACUCCGACACCAGCACACCCGUCUGGGUGUACAUUGUGUCGGCGGUCGGUGGUCUUCUGGUACUCGUGGCCAUCACGUACGGACUCUACCGGUUGGGUUUCUUCAAGCGAGCCACCAAAGAGGAGAUGGAAAAGCAUCAACGAGAGAGCGCCCGUCUGAACGAACCGGAACCUUCUAGCAGUCGGGUGGAUAGCGAAACGGAACCCGAGUCGAACAAAACCUUGCCAAACGAGUCAAUGUAA